AUGUCGGACUCACAACCUGUCCUGCAACAACGCGCAUCCAUAAAUGGCAGCCACGGUUCCGGUGUCGAAGACGAUGAGAAGGCCUCGGAGAUCGCUGUCGCCGCUCCCACGGGACCUGGCGUGCCUUUCUCCAAGGCGGCCGAACAACGACUACUACGCAAGGUGGGUGAUCCGGUAGCAGCGUGUUGGGAUGCAUAAAUCAUGGUUGACUCAUUCGAACGUUGGACCCUCACUCAGAUCGAUUGGAAGGUUGUGCCUUUCCUCUCGUGAGUCCGACGGCAGCUUGACGCGACAUCGGUCCGCGACAGCGAUGUCCGAAGGAGGAAUCGCCUCGCUUCGCCUCGGAAAUUACGGUCGGCAGGCAUCCCUCCAACACCGCUUCGUCGGUGUGUGGUUGCGCCGGAAUUUGAGCUCGGACAUAAUGCUGAAUUUUGGGAAUGGUGGCGCAGGCUCUUGUAUUUGAUGUCAUUUUUGGAUCGCGUCAACAUGUGAGCCCUCAUCCUGGCCUUCGUUCCUGAUUCAGGAGUCGGCCGAGGGCUGACGAGUCUUCUCUCGAUGCGGUACGAUUCCGCACUAUCAGCGGUCAAGCUCGACGUAAGCCCUUUUCAUUUGAGCUUUCCGUCUCUCGGGUGAAGUGGAAUGACCAUGGACUUACCCUGCCUAUCAUCUCUCGGCUUGAUCACGGGCAGUGAACGGACUCGAAAAGGAUCUUCACCUCAAGGGCAACCAGUUCUCCAUCGCUCUCCUGGUCUUCUUCACUUCCUAGUAAGCACCUCAACAAUCCAGAUCAUUACAGAUGAGAUUUUUGUUUCUGAUCUGGCCACUUAUCCCACAGUGUCUUCUUUGAAACGCCCGCGGUGAUCUUUGUCCGCCGCUUGAGACCCUCCCGAUUCCUCCCCGCAGCGAUGAUGAUCUGGGGUGUCGUCAUGACCCUGAUGGGUCUGGUCACCAAUUUCACCGGUCUCACCAUGGCUCGCUUCUUCCUCGGUUUCGCGGAGGCGCCUUUAUUCCCUGCCGCUUGCUUCUAUCUCACCUCGUGGUACAAGAGGAAGGAGCAGAACAUCCGCAUCAGUUUCUUCUUCUCGGCUGCGACGCUCGCGGGUGCUUUCGGUGGCUUGAUUGCGUGAGUUCUUCACUGCGUCUUCGUUCAUGGGUCUUUCAAAUAGUACGCGUGCUGAUUACAUUUUCUUAUUAGGCAUGGCUUGUCGAUGAUGAACGGUCUGGGUGGUCUGGCCGGGUGGCGAUGGAUCUUCAUUGUGCGUACACUUCAGCUACUGUCCGUGGGUCCCGACCGACGCAAUUUGCUCACCUCAGCAUAACACAUCUCAUUCAGAUUGAGGGCAUCGUGACAUUCCUCGUCGCAUGUGUCGCACCCUUUGUUAUGACGGAUUUCCCCGAAGAGGCCAAUUUCCUGACCCAGGAUGAACAACAAGAGGUACUCCGCCGUCUCAAGGCGGACCGGGGUCCAUCGUUGCAGACCGAAUUCGCUUGGUCGCAAGUCAGAGCCGCGUUCACGGACUGGAAGACGUACUGCUUCACCUUGAUCUACAUUGUGAGUCUGGAUGGAUCUAACUCCUGGCGUUUCUGCAAUCGUCUGAGAAUAGCUCUGAUCCCCUCGAACCUUGCUCUUCAUCAGGGUGUCGCCGAGCCAUUCUACUCUAUCGCGCUCUUCAUCCCGACCAUCGUCGCGGCGCUUGGAACGUUUAGCCUGUCUCAAAGUCAGCUUAUGUCGACUCCACCCUUCUUCUUGGGUUUCGCAACCACCCUCUUCAGUAAGCACUGGCGUGCCUUUCAGAGCCCUCAAGUUGCCCCUGCUGAUCAGUGAUCGAAUCGACUGCGGCUCACACCUGUCCUUAUUCAGGCGCUCUCUACUCUGACCGACUCGGCCAUCGCGGCCUGUUCAACGUGUUUUGGAUUUCUUUGGCCUCGAUCGGAUUCAUCAUCUUGCUCGCGCGUGACCCGAGGACGGACCCCAAGGUCGCGUACUUCGCUCUCUUCCUCUGCGUAGGAGGACUUUGCCCUUGCGUGAGUUCAGCCUGGGUUGUGAGGGGGCCUUCUUAUUCGAGGCGGUGCUACGGCGGCUGACGAAUCGUUUCGACCCUUGAAUAAUUCAGAUCUCCAACUCCAUCUCUUGGAUCGUGAGUCUACACGCACUCUCACCAUUGCUAAAGUUUGCCAAAACUGAUAUCAAGAUGAUGUUUCUUUCGAUCGUAGGGCAACAACUAUCCGAACCGUACCAAACGGUCCGCAGCCAUGGGCCUGUUCUUCAGUGUCGGAAAGUGAGUGCCAGGGGCAGAUUCCAGCGCACGGUACAGCAGGUGCUGACCAUUCCGGUGACUUCCCUCUACAGCGCCGGUGGUAUCGUCUCCUCUCUCGUCUACUUCAAGCAAGAUUCGCCGCGCUUCAUCCGAGGCCACAGCGUCGGACUCGGGUUCGCGCUCAUGACUCUGAUCCUAUCCCUCGGCCUGACGCUCCAUUUGAGGAGCGAGAACCUGGCCAAGGACGCCAAGUACGGUCCCGCUCAGGAUGGCGAUGAGGACUUUGAUCAGUUGUCGGCCGAGGAACAGCAGGCCAGGAUCAAGGCUUGGGGACUCGAGGACAUGCCGCAGGAGGCAUUGAACGAGCUCGCUGAAGAGUGA